CUAAUAAACCAUAGAAGAAGAAGAAGACGAAGCAUCAGCAACACGAGAAGAAAAAUGAGGAGAAAUAAAAUGUUUUAAAAAAGAAGAAUUCUGAUCGCUGGAAGUAACUUAAAUGAAUCGUUGGAUUAAAAGGAAGCUGCUUUUUUUAAACAAUAUUUCCAAGACCCACUAAUAAAGACGGUUCAGGUGAAUUGAAGAAGAUGGUAUUGAAAGAGAUUCCAACAGACAAUAUCACUCGCCCUUUGGGCCGUAACGAGGUCAUAGGUUUACUCUUUCGCCUCACAAUAUUUGGUGCUGUCACAUAUUUUACAAUAAAGUGGAUGGUGGAUGCUAUAGAUCCGACAAGAAAACAGAAAGUUGAGGCACAAAAACAGGCAGAGAAACUCAUGCGGCAGAUUGGAGUGCAGAAUGUGAAGCUUUCUGAAUACGAGAUGAGCAUUGCAGCUCAUCUUGUGGAUCCAUUGACUAUGCAGAUUACAUGGCAUGACAUUGCAGGUCUGGAUGAAGUCAUCAAUGAACUGAAAGAUACGGUUAUACUUCCGAUCCAGAAGAGACAUCUUUUUGAAGGAUCCAGGCUUCUUCAGCCACCCAAAGGUGUGUUGCUGUAUGGACCUCCAGGCUGUGGGAAAACUCUUAUAGCCAAAGCUACCGCCAAAGAGGCUGGAUUCCGCUUCAUUAAUCUGCAGCCUUCCACUCUCACUGACAAAUGGUAUGGAGAAUCCCAGAAACUAGCUGCAGCUGUGUUUUCGCUGGCCAUCAAGUUACAACCUUCUGUUAUCUUCAUCGAUGAGAUUGAUUCCUUUCUGAGGAGUCGCUCAAGUUCAGACCAUGAGGCCACCGCUAUGAUGAAGGCUCAGUUCAUGAGCUUAUGGGAUGGACUGGAUACUGACUACAGCUGCCAGGUCAUAAUAAUGGGAGCCACCAAUCGGCCACAAGAUCUUGAUUCUGCUAUACUCCGAAGGAUGCCAACAAGAUUCCACAUCAAUCAGCCUAAUGUCAAGCAGAGGAAAGACAUAUUAAAGCUGAUCCUGGAGAAUGAGAAUGUGGAGUGUGCUGUGGACUUUGGUGAAAUUGCAAAACAGACUGAUGGGUUCUCUGGAAGUGACCUCAGAGAGAUGUGCCGAGAUGCUGCUCUGCUUUGUGUGCGUGAAUUUGUGCGCCAAGAAAGUCCAGAUGAAGACUUCAUCCGCCCAAUCAGACAGGAAGACUUGCAGAGGGCAAUCGAGAAGAUGAGGAAGUCCAAAUCUGCUGGAGUGCAAGAGGCAUUUAUGCAUGUACCACUGGACUGAAUGUGAUGCUGCUGCUUAAAAAAAAAACAAAUAACCUAGAUUUGGUGUUUUUCUCUUAUUUGUGGCAUAUCAUCAAGUUUUGCAAAAGGGGGAACUCAGGAUUUAUAAAAUGGUAGAAUUUUUUUCCCCCUCUAAUCAUCUUUAUUUUUUGCAUUGUAAUUUCCACACUUGUUUUGCCAUUUAAUAAAUGGGCCUUAUUUAAAAAAUAAUAAAUAAUGUGUAAAAACCAUUCUUAAGUAAAUCGUUUCUUCAGUGGGAUAGUUUGUAAAAGAAUGAACGAUUUUCAUUAAAAUAUGUUCUGCUUGUG